CCAAAUUAUUCUGUCUGUUUUUUAUCUGAUCGAAUAUUAUGUCCUAAACUAAAAGAAAGUAUGAUAUUCGCUCAAAAGAAAAUCAAACAAAUUGCAAAAGUAAAGUAGGAAAUAAUAAUCUCUCUUUUGCAAAGGCUAUAAACAGUAACCUAGUAGGUGUUAACAGAAUAUCAAGUUUUAGCUUCCCAUGCAUAGAUGCAGUUACUUCCAUGGCCAAGGCGCCUCAGAGCUCUCCUCUUAUCCUGCACGGAUAAGACCUCCAUAGCUAAAGUCCAUGCUCUUAUGAUAUUGACUAGUACCCUCGCCGAUGGAAGCUUCAACGCUCGACUCAUAGCGUCCUACGCGCGUAUUGGGGAUACUGUGUCCGCCUGCAAAGUGUUCGAUAAAUUGCCUCAACGAGGCGUGAAUGCAUGGAAUGCCAUGAUAGUCGCGUAUUCUCGGCAAGAGUACCCGUCUCAAGUUUUAAGUUUAUAUCAUCAGAUGGUAGCGGAUGGAGUUAGACCUGAUAGUUCGACUUUUACUGUCGCGAUUAAGGCGUGCGCAAGCAUGUUGGACUUGGAGAUUGGUGAGGAAAUUUGGUCUAAGGCGGUGGAUUGCGGGUACGAACGUGAUGUGUUUGUGGGAUCAUCUGUUUUGAACUUGUACGCCAAGAGCGGGAAGAUGGAUGAAGCAGUGGUGGUGUUUGAGAAGAUGCCUAGAAAGGACCUUGUUUGUUGGACAACAAUGAUAACAGGGUUUGUGCAGAGUGGAAGGCCAAUGGAAGCAGUUGAGAUGUUUAGGGGAAUGCAACAUGAGGGAAUCGAAUUUGAUGGGGUUUCGAUGACGGGGUUGGUACAGGCUUGUGCAAGUCUUGGGGACUUGAGAUUGAGUCUUUCUGUUCACGGGUUUAUGAUUCGGAGAGGUCUUCGUAUGGAUGUUAUGGUUCAAACCAGCCUUGCCCAUAUGUAUGCAAAGAACGGGCAUUUGGAGCUAGCUUAUAGGGUGUUCGAUAGGAUGCCUUACAAGAAUGCCAUUUCGUGGGGUGCUUUGAUUUCCGGCUUUGCUCAAAAUGGCUUCGCAGGGCGUGCACUCGAAAUGCUAGUAGAGAUGCAGGGCAGUGGAUUUGAACCCGAUUCAGCGUGUCUUGUGAGCGCGCUUCUAGCAUGUUCACAAGUAGGGUUUUUGAAAUGGGGUAAAUCCGCACAUGCAUUUAUCUUGAAGAGGCUUGAUUUUGAUGAAGUUUUGGGUACUGCAGUGAUUGACAUGUAUUCGAAAUGCGGAUCCCUUUCUUACGCACGUGCUCUCUUCGAUCAGAUUAUUUCCAGAGACUUAAUCUCGUGGAAUGCUAUGAUUACAAGCUACGGAAUUCAUGGUCAUGCAGAGGAAGCUCUAGCACUCUUCCUCCAGAUGACGGAGACAAACAUAAAGCCCGAUCAUGCUACUUUUGCUUCUCUUCUUUCAGCCUUCAGUCAUGCAGGCCUCGUACAAGAAGGCCAGUAUUGGUUCGACGUCAUGGUCAAUAAGUACAAAACCACUCCGGGGGAGAAACAUUAUGCUUGCAUGGUUGACCUACUGGCUCGCGCCGGACGAGUGGAAGAGGCUUAUGAGCUAAUAAAUUCUGUGAAUACUGAACGUGGCCUUGCCGUUUGGGUUGCCCUCCUGGCAGGUUGCCACAAUCAUGGGAAGUCGUCGAUUGGAGAGAUCGUGGCAAAGAAGAUCCUCGAUUUGAAUCCGGAUGACUUAGGAGUUUACGCUUUGGUCUCGAACUUCUACGCAAUGGCGAGGAAGUGGGAUGAUGUAGCAGACAUGAAGAAGAUGAUGAAACAGAGAGGAACAAAGAAAGUGCCUGGUUAUAGUGUUGUGGAAGUGAAUGGAGAGCUCCAUGCUUUUCUCAUGGAAGAUAAGACACACCAACAUCAUGGCGAUAUCAUGCAAAUCCUGAAUAAGUUGGAUCAUGACAUGAGAGCCAUCGGAUAUGUUCCCAGGAAUGAAUUUCUGUUGCACAAUUCGGAAGACGAACAUUCCUUCCAGCAAAGAAAAUUUAUCAAAGUGCUCUAACAGAUUCAAAUUUCCGUGUGCAUAUCUAUUAAUCGAAAGGCAUCGUGAACUAAAUCUGGGAGUGUACGUUCUAAUUUCACGAGAAUUACAAAAUUUUCAACAACUUUCCGGCAGGGGAUCAGACAAGAACAUCACAAGUAAGCAAAAUACGUCUCAAAGCUCAAACUGCGGCGGUGUUUCAAAAUUACCUGCUCCUAUAACCUAGAGACUGAGUCUGAAGAUUUUGGUUGUCUUCUAACAAGCGGUCAUAUUCGAGAAGUAGAUCUGCAGCCUGUUUUUGGAGGGAGGCAACAUGGGAUUCAGCAGUUUCGAUGCUUUUAUCCUUCUCUGCACAUUCCAAUUUCAGCUUCUUCAAAUCCUCUGUUAGAGUUGAGAUUUUGUCUUGCAGCUGCUUGAUUUCUUGGGACGAUUUAUCUUCCUUUUCUUUAAGCUGUAUCUUCUCUUUCUGAAGCCUAUCAAGUUCUUCUUUUGAAGCUCCCACGCUACUCCUCAAUCCAAUUAGCUUACUGAGAUAAUGGUGCAUUCGAUCAAUUAUGAAUCCAAGAAAUAGGGUAAAACCUGCAGGCAAGAUCGAUUAUCGAUUAGCUUACUGAGAUAAUGGUGCUUGAUUUCUUGGGUCAUCAGGGAUAGAAAGGAUCAUUCACUGGAAUGCAAACAACAGUUCGGACAUCAAUCCCAGAGCAGACACCAUGCAUGAAGCUCUACUGUCAGUUGCCCAAGAAGACUGUAUAAUCAACUUAAGCAUUCCCUUUUCCGGUAACCAAAAUCGUCUUCUUCCAGAACAUGAAAGCGAUUACUAGGUGUACAAGGACAGAGAGGCCGGACUAGCAGCAGCAACCAAGGGUAAUGAAGAAUGGAGACACCAAGUAUUCAACCAGUAGACAGCGAUUCUGAGGAUUCGGGACACAGUCCAAGAGAGAGAUGGAGUCAUCUGGUUGCCAGGUUUGCAUCAUUUGACCAUAAAAAGAGAGAGGAGCAAGAACAGUUCUUAAGAGUGAAAUUAAUUAGGGUCAUUCCGACAAUAGGAGAGAAACCUGCAGCGAAACACAUUUACAAUGGAUGGUGAUAGUACGAGGCCAACGUGAAGAUUUUAUUAAUGAAUGGCUAAUAUCUUGUCGCCCCCAUGCCUAUUUACCUAGUGGAUUGAGUCCUUACAUUGACGAUAGUCGCACUGUAGAUUGUGAGUGCAAAACUUAGGUCGCAAUUUUUUGAUUGAAUUCAAUAUAAUUUGACUUGGUACUGAACUA